CAUCGUGUGCUGUACACACCAGGAACAGGAAGUGAUGGACUGUUAUGAAGAGUGAGUUUUGGAAUACAGUCACGGUUCGGAAGGUGCUUCUUCAAACAUGUAUAUCUUCCAGGUGGCUGCGUUAUUGAUAGCGUUGCUAUAUUAUGGCAAUGCUCAAACGUCUACUGUCGCUGUGAACCCCACCAUUCUGGGUUCAGAGCUGAGCGCAGACGGCUUGAAGCAGCUCGCUGCGGCAGUGGCGCCGCAGUCGCCCGUGUUUCACCCUAGCCGCGGUUCCUAUUUUUCUCUCAAUCUGUUGUCGGCGUUUCCAGAAGAUCUGGAGGUCAGCGAAUACUGCGUCGAGCUGCUGGCUAUCUUUGGGCAGCGAUAUUCAACGUAUGUGAAUUGUUUGGUGUCUGCCGCGCGUCCUGUCAAAGUGUGCCAAAAUUGUUAUGGCACCCACGACAACCUCAUGGAGAUUUACACAAACAUAUCAUCAGACCAGAUGGGCCCAGGGAAUGUGAGCUGCAGAGACAGCCUCCUGCGUUCUGACAGGCUGAUGUUGGUGUUUCUGCUCUACAACAACCUGGAGGACAUCUGGACUGGUUCAGAAUGUAACAGUUGUGUAAGCCUGGGACUCCACAGCCUGACCAAUGACACCCUUUACUUCAUGGCCAUUCUCAACCAGUCCCUCAGAUGUUUUGAGAAGUUCCAACAGGGGAACCACUCGGCGCUAUGUAAGGAGUGCAAGGCCACAUACAGAGGACUGAAUGAGCUGUACAGCCGCAUGGAGAAGAAUCGCACACUCUGCAUCGACAUCGAGGACUCAAUGAAUAUGACCCGUAGACUGUGGAGCAAGAAUUUCAAUUGUUCCUUCCCCCGGGCAGAGAACGUUCCUGUCAUCGCCGUGUCCAGCUUCAUGCUCUUUCUGCCCAUCAUCUUCUACUUGAGCAGUUUCCUUCACUCGGAACAAAAGAAACGCAAGCUCAUACACCCCAAACGAGCCAAGUCCAACACCAGCCUCGUGAACAUCCAGGACAGGUUAAGCUGAGGUCGAGAGAAGGAUAAGGAAGAAAUGGAAGAGGAUGAGGAGGAAUGUUUGUCGUCCUCGGCCACCUGUUCCUUUGGUUUGUCCAAAACCUCUCCUGGAUGCAAAUGUCAUUUCCUCUGUGACUGUGGUUUCAACCAGUUCUGUAAUGACAGAGAAGUCAAAAAGAGCACCCCCUGUGGGCGAGAAGGAUGCCAAUCAUCAGUAUUUUUUCUCUUAAGAUAUCAUAGCAAACGGAAACAGCGGAAUAUUUGUAACAGAAGAUUAGUUAUAAUUGCACUGUUCAUGUCACGCUUUGAACCGCCUACCCCCACCCCACCCAUUGCUUCUACAACAAAAUACACACAAUAGAAAUGCACCAUGACCUGCUGCUGAUUUAUAAGCAAUGGGGAGUUAAGUAUUUUUUGUAUUUCAUUAUUUAUCUUUGUGUCAAGAGAUGAGAAAUGGGUUUUGUCUCUCUACUGUAAUGUCACUGUGACACAGACUGGCAGACAGAAAGCACUUGAUGUCCUUUAGAUGUGACAUAUACCUACCGUGUUAAAGUGGAUGACAGCUGAGAUGGAGAGAAUCUUUUAAAUUAUAUAUACAGUCAGGUCCAAAAUUAUUCGCACAUUUGGGAAAGAUGAGCAAAAAACACUUCUAAAAUAAAUAAUACAAAUGUUCUGUAUUGCAUGCAAAAAAAUCGUAAAUUAUAUUCAGUUAUACUAAUAUAAUUGCUCAGAGAAAAUAAUUGGCACUCCUGUUUUCACUACUCCAUCACCCUUCCCUUACAUGUGAGCAAAGAGCUCUAUUUUCAUGUCAUCCAACAUGUAAUGCCUGGAGUCUGCUUAAUGACAUUUGCACUUGGAUUGGAACUGGUGCUAUGGUCAGAUGACAUGAAAAUAGAGCUCUUUGGCCACUCAUACCAGUGGUAUGUUUUGCAUCAGAAGAAAGAUGCUUAUGCAGAAAAUAAACCUCUCUACUGUAAAAUAUGGUGGUGGAUCUUUGAGGUUAUGGGGCUUCCACUGGCCCUGGUUAAGGUCAAUGGUAUCAUUAACUUUACCUAGUACCAGAACAUUUUCGCCAGGAGGCUGAAACUUGGCCACAAAUGGACCUUCUAGCAAGACAAUAACCCCAAGCACAUAUCAAAAUCCACAAAGAAAUGGUUAGUUGGCCAUUUAAUUGGCCUUAAAAUCGGUCUCUGGACUUGAAAGCCAUUUAAAACCUGUAGUUUGCAUUGAAGAGGGCGAAGACGAAGGAUAUCAGGGAUCUCGAAAGAUUAUGUAUGAAGGAAUGGUCUAAACAAAUCAACGUUUUUUGGUCACGUACACAGUUUAGCAGAUGUUAAAGCGGGUGCAGCAAAAUGCUUAUGUUACUAGCUCCUAACCAUGCAGAAAAAUGUCAAAUGGGUGGGUCAAUGAUGAAUAACGAUUAAAAAAAAGUAUUAAUGCUUAUUGAAGUUAUUUCUACCUUCAGUAGUGUUGUGUGUACCGGUCAAACUUUUUACGAAGAAGGAGAGUGAUGGAGUGCUGCAUCAGAUUACCUGGCCUCCACAAUCCCCCGACCUCAACCAAAUUGGGAUGGUUUCGGUUGAGUCGGACCACAGUGUGAAGGAAAAGCAGCCAACAAGUGCUCAGCAUCCUUCAAGAUUGUUUGAAAAGCAUUCCAGGUGAAGUUGGUUGAGAGAAUGCCAAGUGUGUGCAAAGCUGUCAUCAAGGCAAAGGGUAGCUAUUUUGAAGAAUCUCAAAUAUAAAAUGUAUUUUGAUUUGUUAAACUUCUUUGGGAUAGGUGUCUCUUCCACGGGACGGUUGAGCUAACGUAGGCUAAUGCGAUUAGAAUUAGGUUGUAAGUAACAAAAACAUUUCCCAGGACAUAUUGGCAGAAAGCUUCAAUUAUUGUUAAUCUGCACUGUCCAAUUUACAGUAGCUAUUACAGUGAAGGAAUACCAUGCUAUUGUUUGAGGAGAGUGCACAGUUUUGAACAUAAGUUAUUAAUAAACAAAUUAGGCACAUUUGAGCAGUUUUCACAAUUUUUAAAAAACAUAAAUGCAAUGGUUCAUUGGAUCAGUCAAAAACUUUGCAUUUACACUGAAUCCAUCUAGUGGCCAAAAUCUAAAUUGCACCUGGGCUGGAAUAAUACAUGCCCUUUCUCUUACAUUUCAAAGAUUUAAAUGUUUUUUUUUUUUUCUCUCUUUGUAUUAUCUUUUACCAGAUCUAUUGUGUUGUAUUCUACUACAUCCCUUUCACAUUUCCAUAAACUUCAAAGUGUUUCCUUUCAAAUGGUACCAAGAAUAUGCAUAUCCUUGCUACAGGCAUUUAGAUUUGGGUAUGUCAUUUUAGGCAAUAGGUUAAAAAAGGGCUAAUCCUUAACUUCUCUGCGCUACGGAUCCCUUUUCCUGUUUUAUUUUCCUAAACAACCGCUGAAUUGCAGGGCGGAAAAUAUUACAAAAAAUAUUUAUAAUCAUGCAAUCACAAGUGAAAUAUACCAAAACACAUUUUAGCUUGUUAAUCCACCUAUCGUGUCAGAUUUGGAAAAUAUGCUUUACAGAGAAAGAAAGCUUUUGUGAGUGUAUCAAUCAAUGCUAGAACAGCUAGCCCCAAAUUAGCAUGGUCACCAAAGUCAGAAAAGUUAAUCGCUUACCUUUGAUAAUCUUCGGAUGUUUGCACUCACGAGACUCCCAGUUACACAACAAAUGUUAUUUUUGUUCAAUAAAUAUAAAUUUUAUAACAAAAAAAACGCCAUUUGGGUUGCGCGUUAUGUUCAGAAAACCAAAGCCUCGUUCUGUUUGAUGAAAAUUCCAAAAAGUAUCCUUAAUGGUCGUAGAAACAUGUCAAAUGUUUUUUAUAAUCAAUCCUCAGGUUGUUUUUAACAAACGUAAUCGAUAAUAUUUCAACCGGACCGUAACCUACUCAAUAAGAAAGAAAAAGAAAAUGGGGAGCUACCCUCUCGCUCGCAGGAACUAAUCUGAGGACACCUGACUACUUUAGAAAAAUCUCGUUCAUUUUUCAAAAUAAAAGCCUGAAACUAUGUCUAAAGCCUGGUCACAGCCUGAGGAAGCCAUUGGAAAAUGAAUCUGGUUGAUACCCCUUUAAAUGGAAGAAAGACGGGCCAGGAAACACAGAUUAAAAAAUAUAUAUAUAACUUCCGGGUUAGAUUUUCUUAGGUUUUCGUCUGCAGAAUCAGGUUUGUUAUACUCACAGACAAUAUUUUGACAGUUUUGGAAACUUUGGAGUGUUUUCUAUCCUAAUCUGUAAAUUAUAUGCAUAUUCUACGAUCUGGACCUGAGAAAUAGUCUGUUUACCUUGGGAACGUUAUUUUAAAAAAAUCUGCCCCCUAGCGUCAAGAGGUUUUAAGAGGUUUAACACUUUUUUGGUUACUACAUGAUUCCAUAUGUGUUAUUCCAUAGUUUUGAUGUCUUCACAAUUAUUCUACAAUAUUAAAUAGUAAAAAUAAAGAAAAACCCUUGAAUGAGUAGAUGUUCUAAAACUUUUGACCGGUAGUGUAGUCACCGAGAAUUAAAUCCAUUCAUUUAUAUUUUGAAUCAUAUUAUUUCUCCCUUGAAUAAUGUCAUUCGGUGUAACGGUAAUGGAUUUUCAAAUUACUUGAUUAUUUGCCAGUAUUAGCAUUCAGCUGUUUAUAGAUAGUAAUAGUUUAUCAACAAACAUCUACUGCUUUGAAAAUCAUACAUUUUGGCCUUUCUACUAUCAUGAGGUAAUUUGCUGAUUUUAGCACCCUAAAUGUCACGCUCAAAAGUGAAAAAAGCAGGAAAAUGUCUAAAUGCUUUUCUGUAAAGAGGUAAAGAUUGUUGUUGUCAUGGAUCAGCUUUAAUAUUGCAGAUUGUGGCUUCCAUCAAUGUUGUCUGCAUAAUUGUCUGCAUCAUUUCCAAUCCCCCAUAUAAAACAAUAUAUUUCCCUUUUAUUAUUUUCCCCUAACCCUAACAUCACUCUCCUGAUUGGAGUACAAUAAUGGACAAGAACACUUAGGCGUCUACCUCCAGCUUAUACAUGCUAUAUACAUUUUACGGACACAGUAUAUUUUACAAUAGUUAUCUUUUGUUUUGUUUUUAGUCCCAUCCUUCAGCUACACUUAACCCCUCUCAUCUCUGAACACCAUCCAGUUUUGAUUUAUAUUUGCCAUAUAUUUUUCAACUGUGCUGUGAUGUUUCGCAAAAGAUUUGAACCUUUCUAUUUUCAUAGUUUCUACAGAUUGUAAAUUGAAAAUAAACUGUUUUGCUAAGAGUAUUA